UCGGGUCAACGAUACGCAGAAACAGGCAAGGCAAUGGUUCGAAAAGAAAGAAAUCUUUACCAAGUGUCAUUCUUUUGUUUCAUUGUUUGUUUAUUAUGUGAUUUCAGUUACAUGAUAUAGCCUAACAGAGAGAGUUAUCUAGUUCCAACAAUUAUUCGACGCAUGCGCAAACACUUGUAACAUGUUUAGAUUGUUAAGGUCAACAUUAAUCUGCCUUAUACUGUAGCAAUACCACAAUGACUUGCUUGCUAAAACACAUAUCAAGACGGGCCUUUACAUUGGUAAGGACACAAGACAAGCUGUUGCAUACAGGGAGGGCAGCAUAUGCAGCAAACUGGAAGAUUGGUAAAAUAAACCAUGUGGCUGUAGCUGUUCCUGACAUGGACAAGGCCACUGCACUGUUCAGGGAUGUCCUGGGAGCCAACGUCAGUGAUAAGCAUCCCCAACCUGACCACGGUGUGUAUACAGUAUUUAUUGAACUUGGAGAUACAAAAUUAGAGUUACUGAAUCCUAUGGGAGACAACAGCCCGAUACAGAACUUCUUGGAUAAAAACAAAAAUGGAGGAAUGCACCACAUCUGUAUUGAGGUGGACAACAUAACCGAGGCGAUGAAGGAUGUGAAAGCCAAAGGAAUUAGACUGUUGAGUUCAGAAGCCAAGAUAGGGGCGCACGGUAAACUUGUAGUGUUUCUACAUCCUAAGGAUUGUAAUGGUGUUCUGGUGGAACUGGAGGAGGCAUGAAUCUCCCUUGUUAAAUAAGUGUGUAUAAACUGGUGGGGACUAUAGGUUUCCUCUCUGUUGCCCUAUAGUCGUAACGACAAAGUUUGUGAUCACUUUAACGGCUUCAUUCCUUGUUUUAAUAAAACUACAUACAUUGAUAGAGGACCAUGAUAUCUUAGACAAAUUCAAGUAUCAGGGUUUUUGGCUCAAGGUCAAGGUCACUGUUAUUAUAAGCGGGGGCUGGUAGGGGCCGGGACAUGUAUUGGUCUAGCGAUACUCAGUUUGCAUUUUUAGCUCACCUGGCCCGAAGGGCCGGUGAGCUUAUGCCAUGGUGCAGCGUCUGUCGUCCGUCCGUCG